UAAAUAAUGAAAAAUCCUUAACAAAUUUGUCAUUUACCUCACGUGGAGUUAUAAAACUCCUAAAUUCAUCAUUUGACCAGGUGGUUUAUAUUCAUGUGCUGAAUUUGCACAGAAAUCAAGAUUUCAAUCAUGGAUUCCGGCGCUAUUGCUGUGUUACUUUCGUCUCUAAUUUCUCAACUUUUAAUUCUCCUCUUCUUAAUUUUUCCCUCCUCAAAUCCCCUUACUUCAAUUUCCUCUGCACAUUACCCUUUAAUAGAAUCACUUUUUCCUCUCCUCCACCAUUUUAUCUCCACCUCUGAUAUUGCCGCCUCCGUUUUCCUCCUUUCGUGUUCGAGAAAACGAAGGCGGACCCAUUUCUCGGACCCCGAUUCCCCGGAGGAAGAUGAUGAUCCAGCAUUUAAACUUGGGAAAAUGGGUCGAUUUGGACGAGUUGACUCUGCCAUAUUCAGAAACCCUGAUUUGUUCCAGCAAUUCUUCAAGAUGAAUACCUCGACAUUCGAGUGGCUAUGUGGGUUACUCGAGCCGUUGCUUGACUGCCGUGACCCGGUUGACUCGCCUUUCAAUCUUUCGGCGGAGAUCCGUCUCGGAAUUGGACUAUUCCGACUCGCUACUGGCUCUGAUUACCCGGAAAUCUCUCGCCGAUUCGAAGUCUCUGAGGCCAUUUCAAAGUUCUGUGUCAAACAGCUCUGUCGUGUGCUCUGCACCAAUUUCCGGUUCUGGGUGGGGUUCCCGAGUCAUAACGAGUUAGAUUCUGUGUCAGCCCAGUUUGAAACCCUCACUGGCCUGCCCAAUUGCUGUGGAAUCAUAAAGUGUGCCAGGUUCAGAAUCACUGGGUCUGAAUCUGACAGAACUAACGCAGAAACCCCACAAGAAGAACACAUUGCUGUUCAAAUCGUUGUGGACUCAUCGUCAAGAAUUUUAAGCAUUGUAGCUGGUUUUAGCGGCAAUAACAGUGAUUUUCAGGUCCUUAAAUCAUCAACUUUAUUUAAAGAUAUCGAGAAAGGGUUGUUAUUGAAUUUGUCGCAGCCGUUGUAUAUAAAUGAUGUGGCUAUACCUCAGUAUUUUGUUGGGGAAGGGGACUAUCCUUUGCUUCCCUGGUUAUUAGUACCAUUCCGUGAUCCCGUGGUUGGCUCAUGUGAAGAGAAUUUCAAUAAUGUGCACGGAAUGGUGUGUGUUUCUGCGUUAAAAACCAUUGCAAGUUUGAGGAACUGGGGUGUUUUGAGGAGGGAAAUCAAGGCGGAAUAUAAGGUUGCAGUGGCGUAUAUUGGUGCUUGUUCAAUACUUCACAAUAUGUUGAUCACGAGGGAGGAUUAUUCAGCUUUUUGUGAUGAAUCGGGUGGGUGGGAAUCGAAAGAUCAGAGCUUUCAUCACUAUCAAGAUAGUGCUAAUUUGGAGGAGAAUUCGAUAGCAAAGAAAGCGUGGGUAAUAAGAAAUGCAUUGGCUACAAGAGCGAGAGAGAAAUCAGGCCAUCCAAUGGAUCCAAGCAGUUCAGCCAAUCCAUAGGAUCAUUGAAUUUUUUUAUAGAAUAUUUUAGAAGUCGCCAAAGGCCAGAACCAGAACUCUGUUCCUUGAUUUUGGAAGGAGCAUAUUUUGCUGAAGGAAGCACCCAAUAUGUCACAUGGAAACUUGAAAUAGGAAGAGAAACUUCAAAAAUCGAGGGAAGAACUUUCAGCAGAAGACAAUUAGUUGCAAAAGCAGAAAACAAGAGAUGGGGGAGGGGCGAAGAAGAAGUGUGAAAGGGGCGAGUGUUGUUCCACUAAACGACAUGCAUUUUUUCUGGUUCUUAUAGUCAGUUAGGUCAUUUCUAUCUUCACGAAUCUUUUUCAAGUGUAUACAGGUUUUGCAGUUAUCUUAGACAGUUGAAGGAAUAAAAAUACUCAUUUAAACAGAAAUAGGGGCUCCUGGUUUAUAUUAUCAACAUGAAUUCCAACCUCUGAUUCAUUAUUAUCGAAUAUUAUGCUGUACAUCUUGACAUCCCCUAAGUAUCAGAGCAAAUUCCAAAUUCUUUAUCGUAAUCAA